GCUGGCUUUUAAAUGACAUGCCGGGCCCUCGGCAUUCGCAAAUCGGUUUCAGACAUAGUUGUCUUUCUUUCGGUCAUAAUCUUGCCAGUCGAAUGGAGAAUAUGGUUAUGGAAUAAAUAAUAGGGCUCUGCGUGGUCGCAUCAUCUGCUCCAGAUAUGUAGAAUAUUUAACGUGAUCUGACCUUUUUCUUGAAAAGUGCCACGUACAGUACGUGUGUCCUGAUAAGCAUGGUGGAAAAAGGGCGAUAUGCCUUUGCGGCUACUAGUAUUACGUUUUUGUCGGAGUUCAUCGUUGAACAGAUCACAAUUUUGAAUGGCCGAUUGCAGGGCACUGCCGACGAUUGCCAGAACGGCAACGAUCCCGACUGUUUGCACUUUUCUUCGGUGCAGUUUAACGGUCUGUUCGUGGCGCAUUUUUGGGCCGGAGGAACUGCCGCACUGUUGACGGGAUUUUUCGUUGGAAGAUUUGGGGUAUGGAUAGCGAGCAUAGUGUCAUCGGUAUUCCUGCUCGUCGGAAUGUUGUUGAUUACUAUUGGACCGUAUUCCAUGUCAAAUGAUGCUGCAUUCGCCCUGCUCCUCACCGGCAGAAUUGUCUACGCCAUCGGAUAUUUUGGCAAUAUUACGCUGUCACACGAAGUCAAAUCCCACUGGUUUCUGGGGAAAGAACUGGCCUUGGCCUUUGCAUUAUAUAUGACCAUGUGCCGAAUUGGAUCUGUUUUGACAUUC